AUGUCUGGCGAGGAAGACCUGAUCGACUACUCCGACGAGGAGCUCCAGCCCACCGAGGGCGCCACCGCCACCGGGGCGACGGGCGCUGCCAGCAACGGCGAGGCCAAGAAAGGCGACCUGACUGUCACCGGAGCAGGAGCCAAGGGCAGCUAUGUCGGUAUCCACUCGGUCAGCUUUCGCGACUUUCUCUUGAAGCCAGAGCUCCUCAAGGCCAUCACGGACUGCGGUUUCGAGCAUCCAUCAGAGGGUUAGUCAUCUCCAUUGAAUAUGCUGCUUUGAGCCUCCGAGCCACACACCGAGCGAUCGAGGAGCGUCCGUCCAUACGUCUAGCGCAUCAGAGCGAAUCAAGUAUAGAAGUCGCGAGCAGAAGAGUACGCCCGGUGCGCAUGAGGCAUGCGUGGCGGCGCGGUCACGGCUUUCGGGCAUCCUGCACUCUACGUCCUGCCUGGGAUUUCAGACAAGACUCAGGGCACCAUACAGACUUCAAAUGGCGGCCCUGAUGUACGCGGUCUCGAGAGAGUUGCGGAUGCAGCGCUGCAGGGGCGCGAAGAAUGCCUCCGGGGGAGGGUCAAGAUGGCUACCGAAGACCUGAAAGACUGUCUCACGUGCAACAUUCGCGUCUCUAGACAGCGAGUCACGUGUGUUCCGUGAGGACGAUGGACACUGAUGAUGGACGGACGCUCUCUUCGCACUCUUUUCGCGCUACAAACGAUUGGACGAAUAAACUCUAACAUCUUCCUCAACAGUCCAACAAAAAUGCAUUCCGCAGGCCAUUCUCGGAACCGAUGUUCUCUGUCAGGCGAAGUCUGGUCUCGGAAAGACAGCUGUCUUCGUCCUCUCCACAUUGCAGCAGAUCGAGCCCGUCAAUGGCGAAGUCAGCGUUCUGGUCAUGUGCCACACGCGUGAGCUUGCCUUCCAGAUCAAGAAUGAGUACGCGCGUUUCAGCAAGUACAUGCCCGCCGUGAAGACUUCUGUGUUCUACGGUGGCGUCGACAUCAAGAAGGACGAGGCUGUGUUGAAGGACAAGGAGACUCACCCACACAUCAUUGUUGGAACCCCAGGCCGCCUCAAUGCACUCGUGAGGGACAAGAAGCUUCGCCUCGGCAGUGUCAACCGCUUCGUACUUGACGAGUGCGACAAGAUGCUCGAUCAGAUCGGUAAGUCUGAAAGCUUCAACAUGCUUCGAAUCUAGAAACUGACCAGAGUGAACCAGACAUGCGCCGCGACGUCCAGGAGAUCUUCCGUGCUACACCUACCCAGAAGCAAGUGAUGAUGUUUUCGGCCACACUGUCCCAGGGCACACGACCUAUCUGCAAGAAGUUCAUGCAGAACCCUCUGGAGAUCUAUGUCGACGAUGAGACGAAGCUCACCCUGCACGGUCUCCAACAGUACUUCAUCAAUUGUGCCGAGGGCGAGAAGAACCGAAAGCUCAACGACUUACUUGACAACCUCACAUACAACCAGGUCAUCAUCUUCGUCAAGAGCACUCAGCGCGCGACGGAGCUUGAUCGUCUCCUGCGAGAGUGCAACUUCCCCUCGAUUGCAGUUCACUCGGGCGUGAGCCAGGCCGAGCGGUAUGUCAAUUAGAACAUUGCUCGAGUCAAUUAGUCACUAAUCCUUCAACAGUAUCGAGCGCUACACCGCUUUCAAGAACUACGACAAGCGUAUCUGUGUCAGCACAGACGUGUUCGGGCGUGGAAUUGACAUCGAGCGCAUCAACUUGGCCAUCAAUUACGACAUGCCAGAGGCGACCUCCAAGGAAUUUGAUCCGCUCUCGAAGGAGUCCCUCGCCUCUGCGGCAGACACAUACCUGCAUCGUGUUGGACGUGCCGGUCGUUUUGGUACCAAGGGUGUUGCCAUCAGCUUCGUCAGCACAGAGCGUGAUGAGAAUGUCAUCCAGGCCAUCGAGUCUCGAUUCGAGAAGAAGAUUGAGGAGUAUCCAGAGGGCGGUGUCGACGUCAAGGGUGGUGAGGCUUAG